AUGAAUAUUAAACUCUUGAUAAUAUUAAUCGUUUUGCUAUUCAAUGGUGGUAAGCUAUUUCGUCUGAAACACUAGUUCUUACUAGCAAAGUCAAGGAAUGCUAAGCCAAAUGUGAUUCACAAAUAAAUAUCUGCGUUUACACAUGUGCUUAAUCUCAACUGAGGUAAUCAUUGGAAAGUUAAUCCAAAUGCAAGAAAAUGUGUGAUGCAGUAAAUAAGGAGUGCAAAACUUCUAAAUGCUACUUGGAAAGCUGA